AUAAGACGGCUGACCACUUCCCUUUGCUCUGGAUGAAACUGGCGCUGCGCAUUUCGCUCGCGUCAGUCGACGAAAUGAGGCUCGCGGGGUGCUUCUUGGGCGUCAUCUUGGUGGCAAGUUUUUCCACGACCUUUGCUCUCGACGACGACGAAACGGACACAUCAGUUGUUCCGUUUAAACAGGGCAUCAGAUUUGAUGACUUCGACUUGAGGUUUUGCAAGGCAUUGUACAAAUCUCGGCCUGGAAAUGUGGCGGUUUCGCCUGUUAGCGUCAAAUUGCUCCUGGCGAUGAUUUACGAGGCGGCCGCUGGCGAAUCGGCGCGUGAAAUCCAAACGGCGCUCAACCUGGGUGGAAAUCUCGAAUGCAGGAACAAGUUCAGGGCGAUUGUCAACUCGCUCGUGACGGAUGCAGAGGGCAAGUGCGAGCUGAAGCUGUCGAGCAGACUGUUCAUCGACCCGAAAGCCUCGUACUCGAGUGGCUACCGAAGGGUGCUCUACACGCACUUCAACGCUGAAAUCCAGCAAGCCAAUUUCUCCUUCCCGCUGGAAGCUGCCGAAAUAAUUAACAGUUGGGCCUGCAACGCGACUAACGAGAAAGUGCAGCAGCUCAUUAACAAAAACGACCCAAACCUGAGCUCGAUGCUGGUGGUGUUGGCCAACACGCUGUUCUUCAGGGGCGCAUGGGAAAAGCCGUUCAACCCUGCCAGCACCGCCAAAGAAGACUUCCACAUGCUCGACGGUACCACCGUGCGAGUCGACCUCAUGAGGACCAAGGGCGAAUAUUUCUUCAUGAAAGAUGAGGAGUGCGGCUUUAAACUCGUCCGAAUGCCGUACCAAGGAGGAAAAUAUUCGCUGUAUCUGAUUCUUCCGAUCGAAAAAAACGGUCUGUUGAAACUAGUAGAGGAGCUGACUCCUGAAGGCAUCCGAGAGGCGAUAAUGAAGAUGCAGAAGGCUGACGUGACCCUUGCUUUGCCCAAGUUUUCCGUCAAGCAAAAAACAGACAUAAAAUCGAUCCUCGCUGAGAUGGGCAUAACCAAGAUUUUCAGUCAGUCGGAGGCGGAGCUGCCGAAACUAUCCAAGAGAAACAAUUUGCACGUGUCCAAAUUGGUCCAUGAGGCUGGACUGGACGUGGACGAAACAGGGAGCACUGCUUAUGCAGCCACACAGGCACAGCUGACAACGAAAAUGCAGACCUCUAGCGAAAUGUUUGUCGUUAACCGCCCGUUCCUGCUGUUCAUCAAGGACGACACCACCGAGACGGUCGUGUUUGCCGCCAAGAUAGACGAUCCGCAGAGCACUGGUGCAUCCGAGGAGGACACGCCCAAGGCACGCGCCCUGACUGCCCCGUUGCAAGAAAAACCAGCCUCCAUCUACCCACCAAACUUUUUCCCGUCCACCCUGAACGAGACGAUGAUGCUGAUGGGGAAACUUAACUCGUCAGGAGCGCUGGAGGCGACGCAGCAGCAGGAUCGAGAAGGAAGGGAGAGCAGCGUCAUCAUGCGAAUUCCCCCCAAGGGGAGCAAAAACACUUCAACCAGACUUACCACAGAGAAUUGAAAAUUGCUAUGCUUGUUUUGAUAUUUUGCCAAUAAAAUAGAUUUUCCUGU